UCCAGGCCUGCUGAGACUUCCUCCAAAAUGGAGCCGCCUCUGCCUCUGCCUCUGACAGCGUGUCCUUUGAAAAGCUCGAGGCUGAAAACCAGGAUUUUAAUCAUUUUCUUCUCUAUGGUUUUGUUCACAGCCAUACUGGGACUGCUGCAACUAAAGUACUUAAAGCCCAAAGUCAAAGACUUUUAUUCCUUUGAAGUGAUGGAUCCGAAAGGCAGGGCCGUUUCGUUGGAGAAAUACAGAGGCAAAGUGUCUCUGGUUGUUAACGUGGCUAGUUACUGCCAGCACACAGAAAAAAAUUACAUCAUGCUGCAGGAACUGCAUAGGGAGUUUGGACCAUACCACUUCACAGUGCUAGCCUUCCCCUGUAAUCAGUAUGGGGAAACGGAGCCAGACACAAGCCGGCGGAUUGAAUAUCUUGCAAAAUCAAAUUACGGAGUCACUUUCCCCAUUUUCAAGAAAAUAAAGAUUCUAGGAAGUGAAGCAUCGCCAGCGUUUCAAUUUCUAAUAGAUUCCUCCAAAGCUAUGCCUCGGUGGAAUUUCUGGAAGUAUCUCAUCAACCCAGAUGGGAAAGUUGUGAAGUUCUGGAGACCCGAAGAGCCCAUAGAAAGCAUCAAGCCAGAUGUAGCUGCUCUGGUUAGGCAGAUCAUUUUGAAAAAAAGAGAAGACCUUUGACAAAGCUGAUGUGCCUUUUGGAUUCCACAGGGCAACAUCUCUCCUCGGCUCUUAGUACAUUCCUGCUUAAUAAUGGUAAAAGCUGGACAUGCAGUGGUUUUUCUUACUGGAUAAAAUUUUGGUAGCUUUCGACAGAAAACUCUUCUGUUUAAGGAACAGCUCUUAAACCAUCUGAGCAAAGAGAAGGAUCGGUAUGCUGUGCACUUCACCCAACUGAGCCCUGGAUCUGGCCUAUUGUCAUGGAUAAUGGGAAUUGUAGUCCCAUCUGGAGGACCACAUGUUCUCUACCCCUGUCCUAGACGAAUCAAAAUAAGGUAUUCUUUCUUUCCCAGCAGGUUACUUAAAACACCAUUUUCCAAAUAACUCAAGUAACACUAUUUAACCCAAUAAUGAAAGUACAGUGUGAGAAAUUGUCCUGCCAUUGAAUCAUUCUGUUUAAAGCUGAUAAAAUCUAGUAUUUUAUCAACAA